AUGUCCAGUAAAUUCCCUGCUAUUCAGCCGGGCGGUUCUCUCAUUGUUGCGUGGCAGGUGAGGGACAAGCGAGUCCUGGUGGUCGGCGGUGGUGAGGUAGCUGCUGGCCGCAUCUUACAUGCGCUAAAUGCAGACGCGAAGGUCGUCGUCGUCUGUCCCAAGGCGUGUUUAAAUGCCGAAGUGGCUUUUCGCGUGGCCGAGCAGCAGGUUGGCCAUGUCGAUCGGAAGUUCCAACCUGAAGAUCUAGUGGGCAUCGACAUGGUCUUCGUGGCCGUCGACGAUCCCGAGGCUUCCACCCAGAUAUGGAAGCUGUGCAGGGAGCAGCGCAUUCCUGCUAACAUCGCAGAUGUGCCGUCCGAGUGUGAUUUUUAUUUUGGCAGUGUACAUCGUGAUGGGCCCCUGCAAGUCAUGGUCAGUACAAAUGGGAACGGCCCCAAAUUGGCUAGCAUCAUACGGAAGAAGAUUGCAGAUACUCUUCCUGAUAAUGCCGGCGCAGCAAUUCUGAAUGUGGGGGUAUUGCGCAAGAAACUGCGAGCAGCUGCUCCAGCUCCCAACCAAGGGCCAAAGAGAAUGAAUUGGAUAUCUCGGAUAUGUGACAUAUGGAGCCUGGAUGAGCUUGUUAGCAUGACCGAAGAAGAUAUGGACAAUUUGCUUCGGCACUACGAAGCUGGUAAAGUCCCAACAUUUGAACAAGUUCGACUAAAGCAAGGUGACAAUGUCGCCCCAUUUGAUGGGAGCAUGGGCUGGAGCUCAUGA